GGUUAAGCGGACAUCGCAAACAAGGGAGAACAUUCUCCUGCUUUAUUUGUAACUUUAUCAAAAAUAAGUUGGCCUGUUCAGGUCAAGUUUGUUCUAAUGCUGACCAAAUCCAUGAUGUGUAGCCUCUUGAAGGUCAAAACUUUGAGAAAAUGAAACUCAGGAUUUUAAUUGUGAUCUCAUUUGUUCUUCUCUACAUUGGCACAUAUUUUGCCAAUAAGUUUGUUUUAUCUGUAUUAAAGUUCACAUUUCCAACAAUCUUUCAAGGAUGGCAAACUUUAGUUGGCAUUUUAAUGUUUCGUGCUCUCUAUGCCUCUGGGUAUAUUGACAAUUUACUUCAUGGCAAAGACUGGCUUGACUGUGCCCUCUGGCUGCCUGGUAUGAUCACAUUCCUAAUGUCCAGUUAUGCUGGCUCAAGAGCUCUUGCCACAUUGCCCCUUCCAGUCUACUUUGCAAUGCAGAAUAUGGUUCUUGUGUUCAAGGCCACAGCAGAUGUCAUUGUACAUGGACAGAUGACAUCUUUCUACUCCUACUUUAUGUUGAUGAUCUCUCUCAUGUCAGCUCUGAUCAUUGCCAAGGUGGAUCCACAUUUUGAUCCAGAUGGAUAUUUUUGGAUGUGUAUCCACAUUGUGAGUCUUGGCUGUUUAGAAAGCUACACACAUUUUAUGCAAGGAAAAUUAAAAUUAAGGGCAACAGACAAAUUGUUUAGUUGUUAUUUGUACAGUUUCAUUGUGCUGGCCCCAUCCAGUUAUUUCCUGGGAGACACUCUAGAGGCUGUUGGCAGGUUCCAGUAUUUCUAUGUCUCUCAUUUCUAUGUAGGAUGUAUACUCAGUGGUGUGCUGGGUGUGCUGUUAAAUCUAUGUUCAGUUUAUUUACAAGAACUGAAAACACCAUCUUUGAUGCUGGAUGUAGGGGCUGUACAGGCUGUUGCUAAGAUCCUGUGUUCUGGUGUGUCCUUGACAUUUUUUGACAUGACCUUAACCCAGACUUUAGUUAUUUGUCUAGCUAUCAACUUUUUGUCCAGUAUUGGGUACAUUGAGAGCUCCACACACAGGCGUCUGCAGCCAAAUAUCUCCUAUGCAAGUAUGAAUAACUUUGAUGCUGAUGUCUAUAGUGGAGACCGACUAUUAGGAGAAAGUCGCCAAUAUUUCAAGAGACAAGAACUUCAACAAGAUAUGAUACGCUUGGAUCUUGGAAGCUAGAGAGUUGAUCAAGGAUUUUGUUUAUAAUCUUCUGUUAGGAAGGAAUCUGUUCAGUGUCCAAUUUGAAAACUGGUGAUAUGUUUUUUUUUGUUUUCUUGCUCUAGAAUGACCAAAGGAUUGGUUGUUGCUUAAAGAAAUUAAGAAAAAAGCUGGUAAACCUUUCUUACACAUGGAAGAGCUGGCAUCCUUAUUGUUUACUGCAAGUUUACUGCUAUCAGUUUGAGUCUAAAGUGAAGAAUAUGUCUGGGGGGCAGACAAGCCAAGAACUAUGUCCCACCACCAGCUUGAGGCAGACAAGCCAAGAACUAUGUCCCACCACCAGCUUGAGGCAGACAAGCCAAGAACUAUGUCCCACCACCAGCUUGAGGCAGACAAGCCAAGAACUAUGUCCCACCACCAGCUUGAGGCAGACAAGCCAAGAACUAUGUCCCACCACCUGGAGAAAAGGAAAGAGCAUGACAGCCUAAUUCAGCAUUUGAACAGAUUGAAAUAUGAUGACAUCUGUACAAGGUGGAUGUCAUGGAAGUGAAGGAACAGAUUGAAGUAUGAUGACAUCUGUACAAGGAUGUCAUGGAACACAAGACAAUUAUUGACUUCUUUUGAUUUUCCUACAUUUUGCAGUCCCUGUUGCCAAGUGAUAGUUUACUUUGUAUGGUCAGCCAUGCUAAUACCAACAAAUGUGUGUGCACUUUGUAUGGUCAGCCAUGCUAAUACCAACAAAUGUGCGUGCACUUCAAUAAUAGACUUAAGUUAGCAUUGAUUCACUGCUGUGUAUGCCUACUUCAUGUCCAGUAUGGAGACAGGCAGACUGAGUGGAACUUACUCAAAUAGAAUUGCAUCCACUCCUGGACAAGGGAGAUAAUUUAGCUGGGGACAUAAACGCAACUUGAAAGUUUGGCAGGUCCCCAGGACCUUUCAACUUGGGAAACAGAAACUACUCUAACUAAUCCAUCGUCAUCUCUUGUAAGUAAGAUCAGUUGAACCCUUCUCUGCUAGUUUGAAACGGUCCAUAGGCACUAAAGCAGUGAUUUUAGACCUAAAACAGGCUUACGACAGUGUGCUAAAACCUGUGCUGAAUCUUAGUCAUUCAAAUGGAUCAGUUCUUAAUAUGAAGGAACUAGGCUCCAUUACUCCUUUGGUGAAGAAAACACUUAAAACAAUGACUACCCCAAGGGAUAUCCACACUCUUUUCAUGGCUUAUCUGAACUGUCACAAAUGGCUAUUUGCCGCAAACUGUCAUUUGGGAAACCUUGUCCUCUGACCAACCAGGAAGCCAGCAGCAGCAGCAGGAAGAGGCAGCCCUCCCUCCAUACCAUGUCAGUGUGUGUGGCCAGACCAACAACACUACACUACACUACACUGCACUACACUACACUACACUACACUACACACUAUGGUUGAGCUGAUCAUUUAGUGAAUCAUCAUCUGAUGGGCUGCUCUAUUUUAAGAGUGUUAGAACCUUGGUCUGUAAGACUUUGUGGUUUCAUGGCUGGACAGCUCCAAUAAGGGAAAGCUAGAUUAUUUGAUCUUAGACACGUACCUAAGACGAUUCUGAGAAAAAUGAUGCCAUCAAACCAGAGCCCAUUAAGUCAUCAGCUCAUCCAAUGGUGAAGUCAAAGGAAACCAAAAGGCAGGACCAGUUCCAGCAUCCACUUCAUCGCUUGUAGGACCCCAUUAUCUCUGAAUGGGGACGGCCCUGGUUGUUUGACCAUGGUUGUAAAGAGCAAGUGGUCAAUGUAAAGAGAAGUGCCACACGCUAAAGCUCCCAAUGUGUGCGUGUGUGUGUUGGAGGGGGGGGUAGUCACUGCAAAGUUGAUAAUGGGGUGAAAAGAAUAUGGAGGAUAACUCAUGCUCAUUCAUGAAGUAAGUCAUAGAAAGAGAUGUUGGUCUAUUCUUUUCAUUGCAAUAUGGCGCCAAGCUUGGUAUCCUCAUUUUGAAGGGAAGCAAGGCAGCCACUAGCUGAAGAUAUGUCCUAACUGUAGGAGUCCCAAUGUGUCAAACAUGCAACCAGUUCACUUUUUUUCUGUCUAUGUCCAAAUGCGGUAUAAGCAGUACCCAAAAGGCCCUGGCCACACAACGAUAACUAUGGCUUUGUCAUCGAGAGAUCAAAACACCGGGGAAGGUAUCUCGGGCAAGAAACACAUUAGAGAACCAAGAGAUGCAGUAUGCGAAACAAGUAUUCAGCAGUCCUUGGCCUUUCGAGAGACAAGUGUAGUCUUAAGCACGAAAUGGGGGAGCCAUGCCACCCAAUCUACAUCCUAAAAGAUGGCGAUAUCAUGAGACUGAUGAAAUGGUGCACUUUCAACCGGUAGUAAACACUUCCAACUAGUCCUCCUGGAUCUGGGCAGUGAACCAGCUGUCAAUGACAGAACUGUAAUAGGUCGAUGUUGUCAUGGUACAAAAUGUACACACAAGGAGACAGCCCUGCACUAGGGUUUCAUUACCUUCCAUUGUCACUGCUCUACGCCCAGGAAUAGUGACAUUAGUAAGGAACUUAUUUGUUAACAAUCCAACCUUUCUGCUGGGGACAGACACGUUGAGAUAUACAAAUACAGUCAGCCAUUGACAUGAGAAAACUUUAGUAUAAUCCACCAAAGUUUAAAUUACAAUUCACACUGGUAGGAGCAUUUGAAGAUCAUUGUAGGUGAUUUUAACGCUGUCACCUGCUUGGGUUCGCCAGGAGACAGACCGAUCUGGUCGCAGCCUGCUUAAGAUCAUGAAACAACAUUCUUACAGAGAGGGAACGGGGGCGGGGGGUCUGUCUUGUACCAGCUGACUUAAGGACACAAUCGAGAGUGGGUGUGAUGCAAUUGAGUUUGGAAAACUUGACUCUAUAAACCUAAAUGUACAGAGCCAAAGUGGACAUAUAAGUGAGCUCAUUGUACAGAGCCAAAGUGGACAUAGAAGUGAGCUCAUUGUACAGAGCCAAAGUGGACAUAUAAGUGAGCUCAUUGUACAGAGCCAAAGUGGACAUAUAAGUGAGCUCAUUGUACAGAGCCAAAGUGGACAUAUAAGUGAGCUCAUUGUACAGAGCCAAAGUGGACAUAUAAGUGAGCUCAUUGGAACUUGUUCAUGCGGACAUCAAUACCUACAGACUCUAUGAAUACAAUUUUUAAGACCUUUCGAUUUUCAAAGUUGCGGACUUAUGGAAAGCACAGUUUUAUGUGGUCACCUGAUUUGGCAUGCCUAACUUUGCGCCAGCCCACAACAUAGUCUUAUUUACUGACUCGAUGUCCGCUCUAGAGGCCCUCGAAAGGCUGUGUGAAGGUGUUAAAACUCGGCGUGAAUGUUACCUUACAAUGGGUGCCCGACCAUUGUGGUAUGGUUGGCCACGACAUAGCCGACCACCUCGCAAACACUGCGUCCUGACUGCUCUCGUGCAUGAUGAACUGUGCACACCUUGCAAACACUGCGUCCUGACUGCUCUCGUGCAUGAUGAACUGUGCACACCUCACAAACACUGCGUCCUGACUGCUCUCGUGCAUGAUGAACUGUGCACACCUCACAAACACUGCGUCCUGACUGCUCUCGUGCAUGAUGAACUGUGCACACCUCACAAACACUGCGUCCUGACUGCUCUCGUGCAUGAUGAACUGUGCACACCUCACAAACACUGCGUCCUGACUGCUCUCGUGCAUGAUGAACUGUGCACACCUCACAAACACUGCGUCCUGACUGCUCUCGUGCAUGAUGAACUGUGCACACCUCACAAACACUGCGUCCUGACUGCUCUCGUGCAUGAUGAACUGUGCACACCUCACAAACACUGCGUCCUGACUGCUCUCGUGCAUGAUGAACUGUGCACACCUCACAAACACUGCGUCCUGACUGCUCUCGUGCAUGAUGAACUGUGCACACCUCACAAACACUGCGUCCUGACUGCUCUCGUGCAUGAUGAACUGUGCACACCUCACAAACACUGCGUCCUGACUGCUCUCGUGCAUGAUGAACUGUGCACACCUCACAAACACUGCGUCCUGACUGCUCUCGUGCAUGAUGAACUGUGCACACCUUGCAAACACUGCGUCCUGACUGCUCUCGUGCAUGAUGAACUGUGCACACCUCACAAACACUGCGUCCUGACUGCUCUCGUGCAUGAUGAACUGUGCACAUACCAAAGUGUACGAUCCCUGGCUGACAAAAACUGUUGGCGCUUUGGUACGAUGGCUGGGAUUCGAAUAAGGACAUGAGCUCCACAGGGCAAUGAGAAGACCAAACAAAAAGGAUACGUGGUGGCAACUCAGUGGUGCGGAACAGGCCGUCCUAGCCCAGUUUCAACUCGGUCUAUGUCCAAUUGGUGCUUACUUCGGAUGGUUUCGAGAUAACUACGACACACUGUGUUGCCACUGCAUCGAGGACGUAGAAACAAUAGACCACAUUCUGUAUGAAUGUCACGUUCUGCAUAAAGGACAAUCGGGACAAGGAUUUGAUAGAAAGAGAACUGGUUUGUGUGCGGCAUAAGGGCUGUCCUUGUACAGGGACAAGGCGACCUUAAAACUCACUGCCCAUUUCUUUUCAUGUGCUCUAAGGGAGUAAUUCUCAGUAUGGUUCGCUACCAAUGGUGUUUCUGAUUCGGCACGCCUAACUCAACUGCACGGAGAGGCCAGCUUACUACAAGCUAAUGGUGGAAGGCAUUGCGGAGGCCUGAAGUGGAUGUUGACUUAGCGGACAGACAAGGAACUUUGAACAAGGUAGCAGCGCCCCUCCAAACGUGUCCAAGGCCCUGGAUGGUAUCAAAAGUUUAAGAUGAGACAUUGAGGAAAGUGGAGAGUUACGCUUGGCAAGAGCAGACUACACCAGGGCCCAACUAUUGAAUACAGUAAUGUAAUGCUCCUAAACCUAGGUGCGAUCAGCUAACAGAAAUUGCUCCUUCAGGUCAAUUGUACCAGAACAAUGGGAUUCUCCAACCUUAGUGAGAGGCCUUAAAAUGGAAAAGUCUCAGAGCAGGUUAUCUUCAAAAGAAACACUUGCUGAAUGCACAUUUCACUUGCUUCAAGGGAUUUAGUCUCUCUUCCACUGCAGACAGACUUUCAAGAACUUUUCUUUAUCAAUUGUUAAGGAGCAGCGUUAAGGUUGCCAACUUUCUGAAACAUACUCCUACUACUAACUACUGUCAGCUUUGUACUUCUAGAGUAUCAACAAUGAUGUGUAGUUUCAUGUAUUUAUUAAAUGUGCACACAGAUAUAAACUAUACAAUGACACAAAAUGUAUGGGUCUAAGAGGUGAUGAGUGUAGGUUGAUGAGAGAGCAAACAAAUGUCUAGUGUAGACGUCUAGUCUUAGUUUCACAAGGAUCAAACAGAUUUGUUAUAAGACAAUAAUAGUAGUGCCAUUAAUCUAAUAUUUCAAUGAACCUUAGAUUGAAGUCAUUGAGUUUGAAGCUAGUGAUCAGAAUUGGGAAAAUUAGGUUGAAAUGAUUAUAACAAUAAAACUCUUGGUUGACUAGUCAAGAAAUUCAUUGAUCUCAUUGUGCAUCCCUCCUGUUUUGAUGCUCUGGAUUAUGUGGGUAUUUGUGUGUCAUUGUCCUUCUGUAGACUAGUUGGUCUGACCAAGCCUAUAAGUUGUUCCAGUCAUUGAAUGUUUGGUUUACCUGUGUUCUUUCAUUCCUUUGAAUGUCUGGAUUGUUUUGUUCAAAGCCACAUCUUUGUUUGUCUUAUAAUGAUAAAUCAGUCAACACAAUUAUUUGUUCAUGACUUUUAUUAGAGCCAAAUGUUUUCUUUCACAGCAGUUACUAAUAAUAAUCUUUAUUAUGAACAUUUGUCUUACAACUUGUGCAUGACCCCAAACAAAACAGUA